GGCGCGCGUGUCGUCAUUUCCCGCGGAGCUGUCAAAACAGCACAGCGUCUACUGCAGAAAUGUUCCGCUCCGGGUUUUAAAACUGUGCUUUUAACUGCUUAGAAAAUGUAGUUAGGGACUUUAACACACUUUAAACGCGUUUGUUUAGUAUUUAACACACAGAAACACGGAAUUUGAAGCUUAUUUCGCCCGCUGACCCUCUCUUCCCCCGCUUACAGGCUUCCUCCUCCUGAACUGGGCUUAAAAGUUGGGUAGAGGACAGUAGAAGGACUGAAGGGGAUGUUAAAGGGAAGAAUUGAGGCAGGAAUUGUGUCCUUGCUCUAAAAGCUGCCGGUUGUGCCACGUCAGAAAAAGGAAUGUGUCCCCUGUAAAGGUUUCCUGUUGUAAAAUAGGCAUGGAAGCAGCACAGAGUUCAGGGCAGAGCAGGAAGAGGAGAAGAGAAGGACCGAACGGAGAUGCAGAGGAAGAGGGAUGGAGUGGGAAAAUCCCACGACUGACUUCAGGUCUGACAGACCCUGCCCCAUUUGCUGAUCAGCUGGAGGUUGUGAGGGCAAAGUACACUCGAGUGAGUUUAGAGGAAGCCCGCCGAGGUACACCAGCGAAUCGCCCGGUGCGUGUGUACGCUGAUGGGAUUUUUGACAUGUUCCACUCUGGACACGCCCGCGCUCUGAUGCAGGCCAAGCGUCUGUUCCCCAACACUCAUCUUAUAGUAGGCGUAUGCAGCGAUGGUUUAACACACAAACUAAAGGGCUUUACGGUAAUGAAUGAGGACGAGCGUUACGAUGCGGUGAGCCAUUGUCGAUACGUGGAUGAGGUGGUCAGAGACGCACCGUGGACACUAACGGCAGAAUUUCUUACCGAACACAGAAUUGACUUUGUGGCCCAUGAUGAUAUCCCAUACGUUUCAGCAGGGAGUGAUGAUGUUUACAAACACAUAAAGGAGGCAGGCAUGUUUGCACCCACGCAAAGGACAGAAGGCAUCUCCACAUCAGACAUAAUCACGCGCAUCGUCCGAGACUACGACGUCUACGUGAGACGCAACCUGCAGAGAGGAUACACUGCCAAGGAGCUAAACGUCAGCUUCAUCAACGAGAAGAAGUAUAACCUGCAGGAGCGUGUGGAUAAGGUGAAGCAGAAGGUGCGGGACGUGGAGGAGAAGAGUAAAGAGUUUGUUCAGAAGGUGGAGGAGAAGAGCAUUGACCUCAUCCAGAAAUGGGAGGAGAAAUCCAGAGAGUUUAUCGGCAACUUCCUGCAGAUGUUUGGACCAGACGGUGCACUGAAGCACAUGCUGAAGGAGGGUAAAGGGCGGAUGCUGCAGGCGAUCAGCCCCCGGCACAGCCCCAGCAGCAGCCCGGUGAGAGACGAGCGCUCUCCUUCACCCACAUUUCGUCUUCCUUUCUUCGCCAAAACCUCUCCUUCCAGCUCCCCUCCGCACUUCAGCGACUCGCACAGCAUCAGCGAGGACGAGGAUGAGGAGGACUAGAGGACUUGUGUUCUUCACCCACAUCUACUGUUUUAUUCUCCCUUGAUUGUAUUAUUAUUAAUAUUAUUAUUAUUAUGGUAUUCACUAGGAAUCAGGUGGCCUACACACAUCUCUAUGUUACCUCUUUUUUCUGUUAAAGCAAUACUCCACAGUUUUAUCAGCCUCAUUUCUGCAGCUGUUACUACAGGCCAGUGUUUCUUAAAGGAGAAAUCAGGUGUGAAAUGGUCUUGAGGUGUAUAUAGUGAAACAUGAUAAAGAAUAUAAACUUUAGUCAAAUAGCCAAUUCUACUCUCUCUAAAGUGGCUAUUUUUACACUACUAACAAGCAUGAAAAAUCCAUCUAUCUAUCUGUUUUCUGUAAAUCAGCUGAAAGAGUUUGGUGUCAGGAAUCAUAUGCUUCUAUAAGCCGUUUGGAUGAGCCCUUAUUUUGAUGUCAUGAUGAAGAAACCAUCAUAAAACCACCCACUAGAUCAAUUAAUGAAACGCCAUUUUCGUUUCCUGGUUGAGAAACUCAGACAGAACACUUUUUCUAAGGGAGGGAUCUGUACCUACUGUGGAAAAAAAUCCAUCCAUCCAUCCCUUCAUCUGUUUUCUCUAAAUCAGCUGAUAGAGAUUGGUGUCAGGAAUCAUUAGCCUCUAUGAGCUGUUUGGAUGCUCCUCCUUUAAUGUGUCAUCAUAAUGAGGAAAUUAGCAUAGAACCACCCUGGCACCACCCCUCAUCUGUCAACCCCCACCUGAGCCCCACCCACUAGAUCAGUUGAUGAAACGCCAUUUUCGUCUGCUGGUUAAGAACCUCAAACAGUACACAGCAGGAUUAGCCAGCAGACUUCAUCUGAGGGAGGGAUCUGUACCUACUGUCUGUGGCAUGUCAGCAUUGCCUCUAUCGCAGUGAAGCAUGAACUAGUGCUGUGCUGUAUUCUCAAAUACAGCACUUUUAGCCAAUGCUCCCAACAGGCUCACAAUGCUGGUGAUGGGGGCAUAGCGUAGCUUUAAAGUAGCCAUUUUCAUACCAUUAACAAGCAUGAAAAAAAUCCAUCCAUCAACCCCCACCAGAACCCCACCCACUAGAUCAGUUGAUGAAACAUCAUUUCAGUCUGCUGGUUGAGAACCUCAGACAGUUCACAGCAGGAUUAACCAGACUUCUUCUGAGGGAGGGAUCUGUACCUACUGUCUGUGGCAUGUCAGCAUUGCCUCUAUCGCAGUGAAGCAUGAACUAGUGCUGUGCUGUAUUCUCAAAUACAGCACUUUUAGCCAAUGCUCCCAACAGGCUCACAAUGCUGGUGAUGGGGGCAUAGCGUAGCUUUAAAGUAGCCAUUUUCAUACCAUUAACAAGCAUGAAAAAAAUCCAUCCAUCAACCCCCACCAGAACCCCACCCACUAGAUCAGUUGAUGAAACAUCAUUUCAGUCUGCUGGUUGAGAACCUCAGACAGUUCACAGCAGGAUUAACCAGACUUCUUCUGAGGGAGGGAUCUGUACCUACUGUCUAUGACAUGUCAGCAUUGCUUCUAUCGCAGUUAAAUUGAGUGUUACCUGGUGCUGUGCUGUAUUUCCUUUUAUGGCAUAGCGUUAAAAUGGCUAUUUUUACACCAUUAACAAGCUUAAAGUAGCUCCACGCUUUAUUCGUAGAAUUCUGAGGGUCCUGAUGAUAAGUCGAGUGAUGAGCGCAAAAAAAAUGGUAGGAUAGGGCGAACAGAUUUUAAAAUAAAUCCUGUGGAAAUGCAUGAAUAUUAUAGAGAUAUGUUUAAGCUACAUCAAUCUGUUCCUCUUUCCUACCUAUUUAUCUAUGCUCGUCAAUUGACUUAUUGUGACUUCAUUUCAAGACGGCGUGUGUGUAUAGUGUGUUGUUGUUUUUUUUAAAUAAACGACCUACAGUUACUGUGUGUAUAAACAGUGAUUUUAAUAAACUACCUGUGCACAUUUAAAGAUCUCAGUGCUUCGUUUUAAAUGUUAGGGCCCUCAGAAUUCUACCAGUGAAGUGUGGAGCUACUUUGAGCGUAUUAAUGGUGUAAAAAUAGCCAUUUCUUUGCAUGGGUAAAUCUAUGCCCCUAUCACUAGCUAAAAACUCUGUAUUUCUGAAUGCAAGGAGUGAAAGGAGGUGGGCUAUUUUACAAAGUUUCUACUUGUUAUAAUGUUUCACUACACUAAAAGUCCAUUUCACUCUGGAUUUCUCCUUUAACCUUGCUCUUAUGAACCCAAAGCACCACCUGAUGGAGCUCCUCUGCUGAUUAUGGAGCCCUUCAGGAGAUAAGUCAGGUGUAUUGGGGAGAAGCAGGAUUUAGAAACUCUAAGCUCCAAACCGUAGCUUACCUGUAGUUUAAACAGAACAAAAAUGGAACAAAUGCACAGUUUUACAGCCUAAUCAGAAUAUUAUGACAAUGUCUUUGUUUCUAAACUAAUUUUUAGUUUAAUUAGCAUCAAAAUAAGCUCCACUGAUCAUAAAGGACACUUCUGUAUCUGCUUCUCUGCAUACUUUAUUAUUAUUAUCCUCCUCUUUCACCCUUUUCUUCAAUACUCAGAACCCCACAGGAGAGAAAACCAUCACAGAGUUACAGCUAUUAUAAAUAUUUGGGUGGUGGGUCAUUAUUAUUCGCAGCACUGCAGGGAUUAGCACUGAUUAGCAUGGUGGUGGUGUAUGAGGUGUUAGUAGUGUGUGUUGUGAUGAUGGUACAGUGAAUGGAUCAGAUACAGCAGUGCUGCUGGAGUUUUUAAACACCUCAGUGUCUCUGCUGCUCUGACUUUACUUUAUCUACAAGGUGGAGCAGCUAUAGGUUGGAGUGUAUACCGUAUUUUUUGCACUAUAAGGCGCUUAAAAUCCUUAAAUUUUCCCAAAAAUCAUCCUUACGUAUUAAUUCUACCAGUCAGGUAUUAAGAAGCCGUUAAGCUGCUCUGCUGAAGUACAGAGUUAUUAGUGAGUUUCAGUUUAGUUCUAGUUAGACUAGCACUGCUGGAGCAGCAUUAGCAUUAGUCGCUGACCACAGUGCUAGUUUGUUUUUCAGAGGUGAGUAUAUUGAACUCUAGUGUGCGUGUUUACCAAGUUAAAACAAGCUACCGCUAGCUAAUACCACUCUGGGUUACCAGAGCUCUCAGGCUUUCUCAGUGUAGCGCUGACGGGCGGCAUUAGCCACUAACUACUAGCGGUUAGCCGUUAAUGCUAAUGCUCCAGCUUAAGUGGAAAUCUGGAAAUCUAAGCUUACUGUAAAUAAACUGGAAGUGCUUUACUCACCCAAAUAAAGAGUUUUUAGAAGAGAAAUCUGUGUAGAUUAACAUCCAGCACUCUUUUAUGCGUCUGGAUUUUUUUUUUGUACAGUUUUGUUUGCUAAAACUAGCUUAGCAUUACUGCUGAAUUAGAAGGAAAACUUGGUGACACCCCUGUUCCUUACUACUAGUUACUUAUGUCGCAUAAAAUGUGCCUUAUAAUCCAGUAAGCCUAGUGCGUGAAAAUAGACCAGAAAAUAGAUAGAAGUGUGCUUAAUAGUGUGAAAAAUACAGUUAUAUAGAGUGGAGGACAGUGAGUGAUUAAAAACACAGUGUUUAAAAACUCCAGCAGCACUGCUGCAUCUAAUCAACUCACUGUAUCAUCAGCAAACACACACACUAACACCUUAUACACCACCACCAUGCUAAUCAAAUAAUAAUAGCUGCUCUGUGGUGGUUUUCACUCCUGAGGAGUUCUAAGUAUUGAAGAACAGGGUGAAAAGAGGAGGAUAAUAAUAAUAAAGUAUACAGAGACAGAGAUACAGAACUACAAUCUGUUAUUAUUUAUGUUAGAAGUGAAAAACUACAAAUGCCCUAAAUAUAGGAUCAGCGGAGCUGAUAUAAUGGACAUUGACCAUAGUGUCAGUGGCCAUAGUGUUGCCCAUUGACUUUCACUGUAAGAUGUCUCUACUGGACUGUUAAAGCAGGUUCUCCUUUAUGGUCUGUGAUAAUUGAUUGUAUUCCACAGAUAGAGGUUUGAUUUAGGGAUGCACUGAAUAUCCAGCAACCAAAAGCAUGUGGCCAAAAAUGGCUUAAAUAAAAGCACCUUUUGUUGACUGACUAAGUGAAAAGAAUAUACAAUAAUCUAUACAGAACAAUAUUGUGCAUGGUUGGCAUGUCUGCUGGGAUGUUAAAAGUGUUCAGUGUUCUAUAAAUAUUUUUAAAUUGUAGUUUAGUAAUAGCUUUUUCUUUGAAAAGCAAGAGAAAAUUAUACAGCUCUGGAAAAAAAUGAAGAGAGCACUUCAGUUUCUAAAUCAGUUUCUCUGAUUUUGCUAUUUAUAGGUAUAUGUUUGAAUAAAAUGAACAUUAAACAUGUUGUUUUAUUCGAUAAACUACGGACAACAUUUCUCCUAAAAUUCAAAUACAAAAACAUUCUCAUUUAGAGCAUUUAUUUGCAGAAAGUUUUCAGACCUCAAAUAAUGCAAAAAAAAACAAGUUCAUGAAGUUUUAGAAAUCAAUAUUUGGUGGAAUAACCCUGGUGGUUUUUAAUCACAGUUUUCAUGCAUCUUGGCAUCAUGUUCUCCACCAGUCUUACACACUGCUUUUGGAUAACUUUAUGCUGCUUUACUCCUGGUGCAAAAAUUCAAGCAGUUCAGUUUGGUGGUUUGAUGGCUUGUGAUCAUCCAUCUUCCUCUUGAUUAUAUUCCAGAGGUUUUCAAUUUCAACUCAUGAUAUUUUUAAGUGGUCUUUUAUUUUUUCCAGAGCUGUAUGUUAAGUUUAUUUAAUUUAUGCAAUGGUUCAAAAAGUUGUUUGUUAUGUAGUCAGCCAAAAAUGUUUAUUUCAGUGCAUCCCUAGUUGGAUUGGUUUGAAUCCUUGGAGUAUUGCUUUAAUCUGCAACCAACAAACAGUGUUUCUCUUUAAAGUAAGUCAUUAAUUUAGUCCACUCUAACCUCGUUAACACACAAUCUAACAGAAUUUUUUAUAUUUGUGUAGGAAUCUAAUGAGGAGGUAUUGGAACAUAGCACUUCCAAUACCGCUGAAUUUAACCCAGUCCCCACCAACUGUAACCACUAUAUGAAGGGCAAAUAUAGUAUAGCUAUAGUUUAUAGUUUAUAUUUCCUGCAAAGUAUUAAUCAUAGACUACGUUCACAAAGCAGGUAAAAGUGAUGCUUAUGUUUCUAAACUGACGCUUAUGAGCUAAAGAGCAGCGCUUCACGUGAAGUUUCAGUUUCAUCUUCUCCAGCGUCGCAGGAGCUAUCAAGGAGUUCCAGUGUCUGGCCAUGUUAUUAGGUCACGCCCACUUUUUUUUUAUUUGUGUCCUUGGUUUAAAAGCUUUUAUCUUUUAAUUUUUCUUUCUUCUGCGGAUGCACAAUUGCGACAUAACCUAUUCAUUUCAUUUUAAAGGAGACAAAUAUACGCAAAAAUACUUGAGGUAGUGAUCCGACUACUGAAACCCUUACUGAAAACCAUAACCUCACUCAAAUUGAGUCUUUUACCUGCUGUGUGAACUUAGUGCCAUAUUGUCUUACAAAUACUUGAUUAAUUAUGUAGUACUGCUUAUUUGUGCAUUAAAAGGGAAUUUUAAUGAUUAUAACAAUACAAAUCUGCAGUUAUUCAGAACUGGUUGUGGUUAAGAGUGGUAAGAGUGAGGGUUUGGUGUGAAAUUUGUUACACUGUCUAGUAAAGUAUGUUGCAUGUGUGUGGGUAUAUGCAACUGCAACAUAAAUAUACACUAUUUUAUUUCAUUUACCACUGAAUCUAAACAUGCCCUUUAAGUUUUAUAUUUUUUUCUGUAAUGUAAAAGAUGGUAUAAUAGUCUUAAAUCUGAAAAAAAUAUUUUUUAUCAAGGCACUAGGGUCUUGGCAUUUCACCACAGCCUAAAUAAGACAUGUUUUAUUGUUCAAUAUCUAAAAAAUAUCACAAAACCACUAUGGUGUAAUGUGUUUCUCUGAGGGAGCUUUUAAAGGCAUUCAAUUUUUAGAUGUCUUUAGAUUCACAAAUAUUUGAAUUCACACCAAUCUCACUCAAUAUACCACUCAAAAAAUGAUGUAGCUUGUGUAGCUUUAUGCAGAAACUUUGAACAACCUGUGAAAUUCCCCUUUAAAACUCAGUAUGCAGUACUUGAUGGUGUACCACCUUUACAUCCAGUAUGAUUCAAGUGCAGUGCACAGGCUAUGCAGCAUCACAAUGACCUACCUAUCCAUGUUCUGUCCAUAGAUACGACAUUCUUUGGUCGCUACUGUUGCUAGACUGGACAAGCUUUAGACAUGUCUAGAUUAGCAUGUCAGCUAAUCUAGCUGUAAAUGCUAUGAUGAGCUAGGAUUAACCUGUAGUUGAUUUCUAUGGUCCAGAUCAGUUGAUGAGUUUGUAUAUUUGGAGUGUUUCUCCCUCUGUUUAGUUUAUUUUCACAUAGGCACAAAACAUAAAUGCACCAAUAUGCCACGCGAGUACAUAGUAUCUUCUGAUUGGUCGGAGCUGUCUUGCUUUAACCCAGAAUGCAAAAAAUUUGCAGCUGCCCUUUUAAACACAGUGUUUUCAAUGCGAGCAGUGAACGCUGCACAGACCACGCAUGUAAACAGCAUGGAGCAGUAGAUACAGUGUUUGUUCUUAGCUGCAGUAAUUAACUUUAUCUGGCUAAUAUAUCAGAAUAAACUGCGCCUUAUCAGCAGUUUAGCUCAAAUAAAAAGAAGUAUAUUUGAUAUUUGGGUCAGAUUGAGACCGGAUCACGUUCUUACCACAAGCGAACCGCUCCAGAGUUCAUUUGGGGCCCAAAAACAUCUUGAGGAGAUGUUCUCAGUCUGAUUGUUUUAAUCAAAAGGCACUAAAGUUACAGACAAACCAGAGUCUGAUUUAACUGAAACAAAUAAUGCAGGUGUGAAAACGCCCUAACAAUCAGGACAGUCUGAAUCUGAACAGAUCUGAUUUAAGAAACAAAUCAAAUUUUGGCUCCUUUCAGACUGCCACCGUUGUACUGUAUUAAAGCAGGGAUACCACUAAAAUGUGCAGGACAUGGAGCUUUCAGGACCAGAAUGAACAAACAAACUGAUUUACAGCAAAAGGGCAGUUAUGCAUAUUAGCUCCCAGUCCCAAAACAACAGUAGCCCUCCUGAUCUGCCCCCGUUUUCUGUCUAUUGUCUGUCUGUCCAUUGUCUGGAUCUUUUCAUACUUGAACAGAAGCCUAAUUUUCAGACAGAUUCCAGGGAGGGGGGGUGAAGGUUUGGUUUAGUUAACACCCCCCCAAAAGCACAACCCCAGCCAAUCGCGCCACUUCCACCUUCCGCUCAGUUUAGACUCCAGGAAUGUUCUCUCUAACCCAGAACUAACUCUGCAAAACACUGGAAUUACGCCAUAAUCACAGAAACCCCGUCACGCUAAUCAUUCCACUGUGAGGGCGGAAGCCAUGACGUGUCCUUCUUCUCUUCUCUGCACUAUUAUUAUUAUUAUUAUUAUUAUUAUUAUUAUUAAUAAAUAUGUGUUUUUAGUUGUUUGAACUGGAUAUUUAAGGAUCCUGUCAUAGCUGUUUUAUCAUCCAGUCUUAUUUGGUUAACAAUCAGUGUCUAUUUCUUUUGUUUUUUGUUUAGUUUUUCUCUUAAUUUCUCAUCUGUCACAAUAAAAGUAAAGUUUUACACUU